AUGUACAGCUGUUUGGGAGACGUAAACAAAACAUGCCCUGCUGAGAUUGUAGCUGCAACCCCAGACUCGACGACCUGUUAUACCCAAGCUGCAUUUCUGGAGCGUGGGAGUCUGGUCCGGCCAUUGUCCCUUCGGACUCGCGAAUCCCUGGUGUUGGGGAGGGUGUGGGUCACUUCGGCUCCGACAAAGGACAGAGACGGGUGGUGCCAAGGUCGCCUCCGAACCACCGCCACCCCCCGCGCGCUCUGUCGGCAGGGCGGCGAACGAACCGCGGGGGGAGGGGGAAGGAUCACCCUCUUGCUGCUACCUGCACCCUGGGAAGACCUUCCUCAGACCUUUGGUGUGCCAGUCCUUAGCGGAUCGCCGUCCCAGAAGGAUCUCCCCCUCUUGUUCAGGAACAACCGGCGAUGGGGGAAUGGGACAGAAUUUACGAGAGGAAACGAUGAAUCGGAUACGGCCCGCUGCCGCCAUGAAGGCCCUGUACUAUCCGAUAAAAUUGGUGAAACAAGCGGCGCGGCUUGUGGCGAAGGGAGGGAGGGAGGUAAGGAAGAAGAGGUCGUCCCGCGCAGCUGA